GAUAUAUUAAGUAGAUUCUUUAUUUAAACGGCUAACGUGCAGCUGAGAAACAAUCCCAAUCUCGUCGAGAGAAGAAGAAGAUACUUUCUUUCUCUGGAUCAAACUCCUCUCUCUCUCUCUCUGUUCAGAGUUACAAACAGAAAAGGAAAAAGACCAUAGCUUCAGAAUCUCGGUCUCUGUUAUGGAUUUCACCAACACAGCAACAAACCCGUCUUCGUCUUCGUCUUCAUCACCUUCCAUGUUUUUCCAGGAGAAAAAGAGCAAAAAGAAGCAGCACCAGCAGCAGGAAAGUACAGGGAGGUUUCUGGGUGUUCGAAGAAGGCCAUGGGGACGAUACGCAGCAGAGAUAAGAGACCCAUCAACCAAAGAGAGACAUUGGCUGGGCACAUUCGACACCGCCGAAGAGGCCGCUUUGGCCUACGACAGAGCCGCACGCUCCAUGCGCGGAUCUCGCGCUCGCACCAACUUCGUGUACUCGGACAUGCCACCCGGUUCUUCUAUAACCUCUAUAAUCUCUCCCGACGAAACCCAACAUGACCUCUCGGCCCUCUUCGUCCCUCCCCCCGAAAACGAUCCUACCACCCAACUCUACUUCUGUCAGGAAUCCGGAAAUGCGUGCAACUUCUCCACCGGUUAUCCUGCGGUGUCGGCCGGUGACUCAUGGAUUCCAGCAGCGAGUGUUUCUGAACCAUCCGUUGUGGGAGCAGCAGGCGUCAGUUCACAGCCUCACCAAUUCUACGAUAGCACGGAGCUCCCUCCGUUGCCGUCUGACGUUUCGAGUUGUUUCAGUAGUUCGAACGUGCCUCUGUCGGGUUAUGAUAUGGGGGAGGGAGCUUGGCCCGAGGCAACGAGCUUUCUUGGGUUUUCGGAGCAAAUGACAACAAAUGGAUUCGAAACAGUUGAAACGGGGUCGUGUUUGGGUUUUGAUUCCAGCGAGUUCGUUCACAGCCCGCUAUUUGGCCGGAUGCCGCCGGUUUCCGACGCUGUAUCCACAAUUGCGGAUGGUUUCGAUUUGGGUGCUUCCGCUUAUUUCUUCUGAUGCUCGCUUUGUUGUAGCCUGUAGGGUUUCGGUUUUUGAUUUCGUACGUGCUGCAGCCUCUUUUUUGUUUUGUUUUGGGUUUUUCUUCUGUUUUUAAUUUUUAAAAUUUUCAUUAAAAAGUUGCUUUAUUUCGGUGAGACGAACUGACGAAGGGAUGCAUGGUAUAUGGCAUGGUAUCUGUAAAUCAUCACUCAUCAGAAGAGUUUUGGUUUUGGAAAGGGGAGAGAGAGGGACUCGGAUGAUGAGUUUUUUAAUUUAAUUUGGAAUUUUAGGGCGAACGCGAAGCUUUUUUUAUCCCCCUUUUGAAAAAUGGAAUUCUCCUCUUCUUUUUCCUUUGAAUUCACUUUGGUGUUGGUGUCAUCACUCAUCAGCAGUGAUUUCAUUCCGCUGUGGCUUUAGCCUUUAGGAGAGUUGGGAGUUGGACGUCUU